GCGAACGGUAAAAUUUGAUCAAUUAAGUCGGGAGUCGUGUCUCUGUCACGUGGGCGCUCAUCCACACAUGCAUUCUGAGCACACUCCUCGAGGAGUGAGCACAGAAGAGGCAAGGCAACACGCACACACAAAAAAGACAGCCAAACAUCGAGUCAUCCCUAUGCGGUUGCUUCUUUCGUCAGACGAUGGUAAGCGGCCGUGGCUUGUCAGCGUGUGGAGGGCUCUUGAUGGACACGCUGAGGUUCCUUAUCUCCUUGCUGAUCUCCUCACACAGGCUCAUCGGCAGUUGCACAUCGCUGAUCGAUCGGGCCACACAGGCGAAAUGAUCAAAGAGUGCAAGAGUUUACAGUCUGCUCACCGCUUCUUUCGUGCUGUCGGGGAAUCGGCAAUGGUGUGCCGGUGGAUCCUAUGCCCCCUCUUCAGCUGUCCUUCUGCUGACUCGGGGCUCGCGGACCUCGGUGGCUCGUGUCCAUGGCCUUGGUAUGAACUGAAAUAGACAAUAGGACAUUGAACAAUAUGUUUGGAUGUGUUGCAGUGCAGGCUCAAUCAUUCGCGAAGUACAGACCUGCACACAGGCUCAUCCUUGGUCACGAUUUCCAACCCCCGAUUGUCAGGCGUCGUAGCAGGUGAGACAUGGCCAUGGGUCUGAGUAGAAGCAUCAAGUGUCCUCUUUUCCGGCACCUUGGCCCUCAGAUGUUGGAUCGCUUCUAACUCUAGCCUCAACUCCUUCACCAUUGCUCUCUCGGCCUGCACGUGUGACCACGAGUGACGGUCGAUGAGGAAGCAACAACACAGAGAAGGACAGCGAAAGAGUGGGACCUUCAUGUCCAGUCACGUGUGACCCAACCUGGAGGGCCUGCCGUAAGCUCAAGAUCUCGCUGUCUCUUUCAUCCUCUCCUCCUUCCUGGCGUUGCUGCCCAGAUAUCAUUCCACGAUACCGGUCGUCCUGCAAGAGGCUUCCGUAGUCCGCAGGGUGGUCUCGCUGUACCCAGACGUCCUCCCCUGGACCUGCUCGUGUCGCCUCAUUAUUGGACGAGACACGUCGAUGUUCACGGCGACAGGCGUGGCUGUUCCGUGUCAAGUCAGCAGACCACCGAUUUGCACGUGGAUCGCCAUUGCUGACCGAGAUUCCGUAACUGACAUGAUGUGUCGUCAUGUCGCCGGCCAGGGAAGCAGAGGUGUGCAUCUUGCGAAUCGACGAGCGCUGCGAGGGGGCCGACCGCGGGGACCGGAUGGAUUCCUGCUCGUCAAGGCGGUCGGCCGUCCUGGCCCAGAACUGCAGCCGGUUCCUCAGCAGCAGCUGCUGCAGCAUGCGCUGAGACCGCUCGAGAGAUUGAUCGGCGAUAAGCUCGGACUUGUGGAGAUCGUCCAUCAGGUACGCUCCGAUGCCACGCGAAGACAAGCCGCUGUCCUGCUCGUGCGAGGCGUCGUCGAGCAGGGGCAGACUCCCGGCGCGCAGAGGUAGCCCUUGUCGAUCCUCCGACACAUCCUCUCGGCUCUCUCUCGAAGACCACACCUGCUUCGUCAUCUGCCGGUUGAUAACCAGGUCAGCCAUCGCAGUGUCGCCCAUCUCCAGCAGUCUUCUAGACGCCGAUUCAAGGCGCUGCACACGCGAGGACAUGGCGUCAUCUGAGCCGCGGGACGACUUCGGCUGUGAGCUUCGUCGGCGGUCACCGUGCAGGUCCAGCCGAGGCACGGUCGGAGAGGCUGAGCCUCCGGGAGAGCCACUGCGCCGAAAGCCUUCACACAUUGCGGCAGACUCCUCGUUGCUUCCUUCCUCGCCUGUGUGGGGGCCUGUAGGGGCAAAGACGCUAGUUCGCCAGCCGUUCCUCGGCACGCCAGCUGUUCGGGGUUGCG